GUCUGGCUUCAGCAGGAGUCACCACACUCUUGGAUUACACUCAUCGCAGUCACAGACGGACUAUCCACUGAGAGCCUACCGAUCCCAGCAGAAUGGGGAGCAGCAUGUCAUGUGUCCCCCAGCACAACUUCAGGUUCUCCAGCAAAAGUUUCAUACGAAGGAACAGCAGUCGCCUGUUUCGUAAGAAAAACCCACAAGAGGGACAAGAGAAGUCCAACAGUAUCAUCAACAUCCUCUGCACUGUCAGCAAGGAAAUGAACCCAAAAGAUCUGCAGACGAUAGAGAACAUGAAAUGGGACCCCCCAUUUCCUUAUGACCCGGCCAGUGGGUGGAAGAAGAGCAGCAUCAAUGUGAAGAACUAUGGACGGAUGAUUCACAGCUCCAAAGUUCGCUUUCGCUUUGCUCACUGCCAGGAUGUGCAUGAUUGCUACCUGGAUCUCUUCCAGACACACCUACAUUAUGUAUCCAACAACACCACGGGACUAACAUACCAGGGAACUCUUCCACUAAAAGAACUCACCAUCGGCAACCUGCAGCAGAACUGUAACCACAGCCAACCACAAGAGUUUGCCUUCCAAAUAAACGGUGUCAGCCUCAACCCCAUCAUUGUCUACUAUUCCACCCAAGAGGAGAUGGACUUGUGGUUUUGCCUGCUGAAGGAAAAUAUUGAGAUGAAUGGAGGAACAGCAAUUGCACCAGAAAACUUCACUAGAGUGAAGGUAAACCAACAGAGGAGUCCUGAGGGCCGAGAGGAGCUGAGGAAUUCUAUCAACAGGGAGCCCAUCUAUGAGUGGGAAGGAUCUCAACGUGACAGUUUGGGCCCCAUCUCCUAUGUGACUAAAGUUCGCCUGCAACAUCUGCCCUGUCAGGAACAGAGUGACAGGCUGCUGGUCAUGUACCCAUCGACCCUCAUCAUCCUCUCUGAGGAGAAUGACGGCUUAUUCUACAAGGGAAAACUUCCUCUCAACAUGAUCACAGUCACCACGCCCUGCCAGGAUGUCAAGCCCAACACCUUUAUGAUCGAAGGGAAGCUGAUCAACCCCAUCGUUGUGUCCUGUCUGGACCGAGCAGAGUUCUGUGACUGGAUCCAGCAAUUCAAAGCUGCUGACGUGCCAGUUCUCAGCCCCCCUCCUCCAGUCUAUGACAUCAUCUACACCCCGACACACAGAGAGACGCCACAGUUUGAAAGGUGGAGUGGAAACAGUCAGGGGCGCCCCGACUCCCUGAAACACACUGGACGAGGAUCCCACACUCAGCAGAUGUCCAUCCCAGAGGACAACCCGCUCUCCCCCGGAUACUCUGAGCCGCUCUGUUACUCCAGCCGUCCUGCUUCUGUUGAAACUGCUCGUCUGGGCAGCAGGAAUAACAGCGUCUCCUCACACAGCAAACCUGAGCGCGAGCUACGCCCUUCAUCCCUCCGCUACUCCUCCCCUCAGCGUAGCUCAUGCCAGCAGACGACAGAGAGCUUGCCGGCGUCACAGCUCUACAGCACCCCCUAUAGCGGUCUGCAUCGGCUUGAGAAGACCCCACUCAUCAAGUCCAACAGCUGGAGCACCCCUCCGACAUCACUGGGCUACUGUCCAAACCCCCCACAGCGCCACUCAGACAUGUGCGCCCCCAGACAGCCCUUGUCGCCGUUGUACGACGAGCCCUGCAGCCCUGAAAUCUACUCCCUGGAUGAGAUCCAGCCAAUGCAGGAGGCCUGGCGGCAGCAGCCUCUGCAUGACCAACAACUCCUUCCCUCCUCUUUCCAACUCUGCACGCCACCAAUGGGUCGCCGCUGCAGAAGGAGCCUCGUCCUGACCAAUGGCAGAGGUCAAGCACUGAGCCUUGAGAUGGACCCGCAAAUGCAAGCGGAGCAGCGAGCAGAGGCCGUGUCCAGGCUAAAGCUGCUCCCCACACCCGCAAAGAUGCAAGAGCAGAUUCACCUCCAGCCCAGCUUCAGUAUGAGCCAUUCUCAGAUGUCGUACGAUUACUCACCAGGUCCUCAUUCAUACCUCCAGCCCACAGAACCAGAUGACCAGGAAGUAGACUAUGACAACAUUUGGGAGUAUGACUGUGAUAGUGGAAUGAUUCAGCCGGCGUCUGGAAUUUCAGCACACUGGUCCGGAUUAAACUUUGGGGCCAGAGGCCUUACCGCCAUGGCAACGCAGCAGAGAUGGUCAUAAAACACAACAAUGGCCCGGCACUCGUCUGGACAUCUGCAAACAGCAGAUCGCUAUCAGUCGGACUGGUAUAAGCUGACGGUACAGGAGGAACCCGCACUGAUCUGUGAUGCUGAACGUAAAGAAGGCAUGCGGAAGAAUAACAAGCACCGCUUUGAAGAAAUGAACAGGACGUGACCAGAAGUCGGCAACGGCCUGAGUGUCCUGGUUGAUAUGUAGCAUUCAAGAUAGCAAAGUGUAAAUACCGCUUUAUUUAAAUUUGUAAAAUUUUGUAUUUAUAUUUCAAGUAUGCUGACCACUACAGAAGCAUUCCGUCACCGAGGGCUUGUUAUAGGAGAGGUUGUCUAUUUUUGUACAUGUUGUAUAUUCUGUGUGAUGCUUCACUCUCAGGCUUCCUGUCAGCCAUCUUUACUGCCGAAUAAUGGUGCGGCUUCAUGUCAUUUUGAGGUGUUUAUUUAUAUUUAAC